AUGGGUAACCUAGAAGAACAUAUCGCCACAGCAUCAACAUUCGGUUCUCUACCCCUCUUGAUCUCUCCAUCAGGUGACACUAUCCCCCUCUCAACUGGAUAUAUUCCCCUCCUUACAAACCAUACAUUGGAAGACGACUCUAGAAAAGAGCUUCGAAAAGAAGAUAAAAAUGUCGAAAAAGAUUCACCAAUCUACUUCUCAGCACUCGAACUCGUACGCGAUAAUCAAUUUUUGCUACUCGCCGGGCUCAGUGGAAGUGGAAAAACGACUUUCGCAAAACAUCUUGCUUUUCGCCUAGCGACUGCCACUACAAAAUCAAUCGGGGGUGGUUUCAUUGUGAGAAAUGGACCGGCUGAUGUCCGGAACGAGUCUUGGGAGUUUGAAGGUAUCGAUAUGAUACCUUGCUAUUUCCUCAUCUCUAGCAUCUCUCAGUUCUCGAUAUUGCUUCUGGAAACAUUGCCUCAGGUUAUUGAGAGCUGCAAGGAUAGUAGCAGACCAUUGUGUCUAUUGAUAAUUCUUGAUUCUAUCGAGUCUCUUGGAGAUGAGGGGCCAUCACUUUUGAGAUCUAUGGUCCAUCUAAUUCAGUAUCACGCGCAAUUAUCCAUAAAACUACUCAUCCUCGGAGAAAGCAGCGUCGUGAAGAAUUGGAUUUUGUGCUCCGAAAUAACAAGACAUGAGAUAUUACCACUUUCUCAAGUCAAGAGACGCAUGUUCUUGCGCAAUAUUACCGGCACCAAUAUCGAAUACAAAGAUAUCGAUAUCGGAAUUGGUGACGCAGCAAGUCUUCCAGCCUAUUUUUCUCUCGCAUUAGAGACCGCUCACCGUGGAGAAAAAGCAGAGGAGUUGUUAGAUGAGUGGCUUCAUGUUGUUCUUUCUGAAAACUAUAAUGAUAGAAGAAUCACACGAGAGGCGUUGGAACAUUCAACCCGGGAAGCGGAGCAAGGGAUUAAAACUCCAUUUUCGUGUAUAUUGACGAUUAGGAAUCCAGCGGCCUUUUCGAAAGUACUACAACACUUGCUGGCUGCGCGCCAGCUCGUUGAAGAGGACACACAAGUGGCUAUUGAUCUUUUUAAUCAAAAUCCCUUCUUGGCAGAACCAAUUAUUCGCAGUUGGUUAGUUCGCCUCAGAGAUAUAGGAAGUCCAGAGGUACUCGAAUUUCUUGAAGGUCUAAUGACCGGCUCUGGGGUAAAUGCACAACUAGGAGCGCUACUAGUUUCAGAUUUCAUCUCUUCGUCCAGUCCACUGCAAAAGCAAGUUUCCAAUCACAUACUAGCGAUCAUCAAAGAAGGCACGUUACCCAUCACCCUAAGAUUAAAAGCCGGACGUAUGCUUUCCCUGCUGGGAGAUCCUCGAGAUCUAACAUCCCUCACUACCGUUCCUUCCAGCACAUUCACUAUUGGUUCUUCUAACCACCCAAAUUCAUCGCCUCCUCAUUCCGUCACCGUUUCCUCGUACCGCAUCGGCGUUUUCCCAGUCGUGAAUCGAGAAUAUGCAAUUUUCAUCCAAGAAACGGGACGGAAAUGGAACAGUGCAGAUGGUUUAUCCCCUUUCACAGGAAACUUCCCAGCUACAGAUCUCACCUGGUACGAUGCGCGCACGUAUUGUUCCUGGUUGACAACACGCUGGCGAGCAUCUGGGAAGAUUGCUCUCCAUGAGGAAGUCCGUUUACCCACUGAACUGGAAUGGGAAAUUGCUGCUCGGGGUUCUCAGAUAUCUGGCAGUGAAACAGAAUCAUUGUAUCCAUGGGGCACAGAAUGGAACGCAAGUUAUGUUAAUUACAAAGAUUCACCAUUAAACGAGCGGUGUACUGUGGGUUUAUUUCCUAAGAAUGUUUCUCCAUCCGGAUGUUUCGAUAUGGUGGGGAAUGUAUGGGAAUGGUGCAGUACAUUGUGGGGUGAAAAUGUGAGUACAUCGUCUUUUUCAUAUCCUUGUCGAGGAGAAGAUGGGCGGGAAAAUGUGGAUGCGGGUGCGCAAAGCAGAAGGUUGAUAAGAGGAGGGUGUUUCAGUAGUUCGAGGAAAGAGGUUUCUUGUACGUAUCGUGGGAGUCUUGAGCCGAUGGAAUGGAGACGCGAGAAUGGUUUUAGAAUUGUGGUUGCGAAUCUACAAAAGUAA